CUUUACAGUGUAAAAAGUGUUAGGAAAUAGUACUUGAGUGUUCUCUAAGCUAGAGUGUGUGUGUGAGAGAGAGAGAGAAAGCGAAUUUUAUUCGCCCUCUCGCUCCACAGUGCGGUGCGUGUGUUCGAGUGUUGUUUUACGCGGAAAGCAAAAAAAAAAAGGCACCCGUCUUAGAUACGGUGCAUCGAAUAUCGAAUACCGGCGAAAUUAAGUGGCUUUUGCUUGCGUCUCAUUAAAAAAAGUGUCAAUUGUGUCCCGUUCAGAAAGCUUCACCUCUACUCAUCAUUGCUACGCGGAUUUCGUUUUUGCCGGUCGCUGUUUCUGCGUCAUCAGGCGUGCAACUAAAAUCAGAUCGAACCUGCUGAAUGUCACCUGGCAAGGGAAGUGAUCGUGCAGAGUAACAGCAAGCUUGUGCAAAAUGAUGAAUUGAAAGUAAACGACCCACGUUUGUUGUUUCCGCACGAAUAGAAAUAAUGUUCGGGUGAAACGAGAAGUAGUAAAACGUAGUGCGUGCCAUUUUUUGAUAGUGCGCCUUCUCCCUAGAACAGCACUUGUCACCUUUCUACAGUCCACCGUGUCCACAGUGUUCCAUUAACCUUUCUCCUCUCGCCCACAAUCCUUCUCACACACUCGUUUCCGUCUCGAAUCCCGUAGUGUUUCCGGCUGAUCCGGCCUCGGUAGGUGCGCGUGUGGCUCUGUUUCGCGUUUCGUGUGGUGCCGUGUGGUCUAGCAAGCAAAAGCCAGCGUUUAUGAGCGCGCCAACUGUUCUCGCCGAUCUCGUAAACGACUGCCCAUCGCUAUUCCGCCGCAAACGGUGUUGCUGCUGUCAGCGCUCCGUUCCGACCGCAGCCACCAGCAGCUAGGACCUGCGACGCGCACAAAAUGGCGGCACCAUCACCGUCGCAAGGACGCCAACGAUCAUGUAUCGCCCCCGUCGUGAGUCACCGAAGGUCACACCAACCUGCCAACAGUCCUUACCCGGCCGUCCCACCGCCGGAUCCGCACACUAGCGGUGGCAGGAAUGGGGCCACCCGGUGGAUCUAUGUUGCGCUGGCAGCACUGGUUGCAGUCACACUGCACGAAGUGGACGCGUCACCGAACGCAUCAACCAUCGCUAAUGGAAGCGUUAAUGGGCGGGUUUCGGAACGGCACCGUUACAACGUUAGCAGCGAUGAUCUAAUUACGCCGGAUGAGAUCAACGCCGGUUUGCUGGAGUAUGUGGCCGGGCCGCUGCCGCUGGCGGCGAUGGAUGCCGCGAAACCGAAGCGCGACAAUGCCCGCCCGGCCGCCAUCUACAUGAACGAGUUCGCCGUGUACAUUCCGCGGGGCGUUGACGUUGCCGACUCCAUCGCACACAAGUACGGCUUCAGCAAUAUGGGACAGAUCGGUCCCCUGAAGGGUUACUAUCUGUUCCAUCACAAUCACGUGCGCAAACGUUCGAUAGACCGCAGCGAAGUUCAUCACAAUGCUCUUAAUACCGAGCCAGAGGUCCGAUGGGUGCAACAGCAGCACGAAAAGCCACGGUACAAGCGUGACUACAGCACGUUCGAUCAGGACUUUGUGCGAUUUCCGGGCUUCCGUUCGCUGGUGUCCGGUACGAGGAUGGCCUAUCGUGACACGAGCACCCACAACAUCUUUCCCGAUCCACUGUUCAAGGAACAGUGGUACCUGAACGGUGGCGCCAAGGAUGGGCCGGACAUGAACGUUGGACCGGCCUGGCAGAAGGGUUACACCGGCAAGGGUGUCGUCGUGUCAAUUCUCGACGACGGCAUCCAGCGCAACCAUCCGGAUCUGGCGCUCAACUACGAUCCGGACGCAUCGUAUGAUAUUAACGGCAACGAUUCGGACCCGAUGCCACGCGAUAACGGUGACAACAAGCAUGGAACGCGCUGUGCUGGCGAGGUAGCGGCCGUCGCCUUCAACCAGUACUGUGGUGUUGGUGUGGCGUACAACGCAAGCAUUGGUGGUGUACGCAUGUUGGACGGUACGGUAAACGAUGCGGUAGAGGCGAAAGCACUCGGUUUGAACCCGGACCACAUCGACAUCUACAGUGCCUCUUGGGGCCCGGAAGACGACGGUUCAACGGUGGAUGGGCCGGGACCGUUGGCACGACGUGCGUUCAUCUUUGGCGUCACCAGCGGCCGACAGGGUAAGGGGUCGAUAUUCAUCUGGGCCUCCGGUAACGGUGGCCGUUACACCGACAGCUGCAACUGCGACGGUUACACCAACUCCAUCUUCACCCUCUCAAUCUCCAGCGCCACGCAGGGCGGCUAUAAACCGUGGUAUCUGGAGGAAUGUUCGUCUACGCUAGCAACCACGUACAGUUCAGGUACGCCCGGGCAUGACAAGAGUGUUGCCACCGUCGAUAUGGAUGGAUCGUUGCGUCCCGAUCGGAUCUGCACGGUAGAACACACGGGAACUUCGGCCUCAGCACCGUUGGCCGCCGGUAUAGCCGCACUCGCACUGGAAGCCAACCCGUCGCUAACCUGGCGUGACAUGCAGUACCUCGUCGUGCUGACGUCCCGCUCCGAUCCGCUCGAGAAGGAACCGGGUUGGAUACUGAACGGUGUAAAGCGCAAGGUAAGCCACAAAUUUGGCUACGGCUUGAUGGAUGCGGGAGCGAUGGUAAGUCUGGCCGAGCAGUGGACCGCCGUACCGUCGCAGCACAUCUGCAAAUCGCGUGAGAUCAACGAAGAUCGUCCGAUCGAGGUGUCCGUCGGCUACACGCUCCAAACGCACAUGGAUGUGAAUGGGUGUGCCGGUACGGUGAAUGAGGUCCGCUAUCUGGAGCAUGUCCAGUGUAAGAUCACACUGCGAUUUUUCCCACGGGGUAACCUACGCAUCCUGCUCACCUCGCCGAUGGGUACGACCUCCACGCUACUGUUCGAGAGACCGCGUGACAUUACGAAAUCCAACUUUGACGAUUGGCCGUUCCUGAGCGUACAUUUCUGGGGUGAACGGGCUGAAGGCCGCUGGACGCUCCAGAUCCUGAACGGAGGGCCGCGCCGUGUCAGCCAGCCGGGCAUUCUGUCCAAAUGGCAGCUCAUCUUCUACGGCACCCAAACUAACCCGAUUCGGUUGAAGUCAGAGGGUACGCGCACCGGAGCGGCCGGUUACUCCGGUUUGAAUCCGUUUGUGUUUCCCACCGAAACGGACAUCAACCAGCAGGCGGGUUCGCUUGGUGGAGCCGGUGCCGCCUACUAUCAGUCCGAUCUGUACAACAACUUCAUGAACUAUCCGAACCUGUUCAGUGCGGCCGGAAGUGGAAUCGACAAGACGGUGGCCACACUGAACGGGCACAACAUUCCGACGGCACAGCGGGAGAACGUGAUGGCCGAUUCGAACAACAAGCUGGUGGUGUUGCACGAUUGUGACCCCGAGUGUGAUCAGCAGGGAUGCUACGGCAAGGGCCCAACGCAGUGCGUUGCCUGUAAACAUUAUCGAUUGGACAACACCUGCGUUAGUCGGUGUCCCCCAAGAAGCUUCCCGAACCAGGGAGGUGUCUGCUGGCCCUGCCACGAGUCGUGUGAAACGUGUGCCGGCGCCGGCCAGGACAGCUGUUUGACGUGCGCCCCGGCCCAUCUGUACGUUACCGACCUGGCCGUCUGCCUGCAGGUCUGCCCGGAGGGAUACUACGAGAAUUACGAUAAUCGAACAUGUGUGCCGUGUGAAGCAAACUGUGCCUCCUGCCAGGAUCGGCCCGAUUACUGUACAAGCUGUGAUCAUCAUUUAGUUAUGCAUGAGCACCGCUGUUAUGCCGCCUGCCCGAAGAACACUUACGAAACGGAGGAUUACAACUGCGCCGAUUGUCAUCAGUCCUGUGCCACCUGCAACGGAUCAUCGGAGAGCCAAUGCAUCCUGUGUCGGGCCGGCCGGUUCGCGCACGAGGGCCGCUGCCUGAACGCCUGCCCGGACGGUUACUACGGGGACAAAAAGCGCCACGAAUGUAUUGCCUGCCCGCAUGGCUGUGCCACCUGUGGGAAUGGGGCCGUUUGUCUGACCUGCCACGACAACUGGACCAUGAACCGGAAGGGGAAAUGCAUUGCCAACGGUAACAACAACUGUGACGAAUCGGAGUACUUUGAGAACGGCCACUGCCAUCCGUGCCACUCGACGUGUGAAACUUGCACCGGACCGACGGAGAACGAAUGUUUGACCUGUGCCUCGAACCUGCUGCUACAGGGACAACGGUGUGUCAACGUGUGCGACGAGGGCUACUACAUGGAGGUGGGUGUGUGCGCCAAGUGUCUGCACACCUGCACCCAGUGUGUGUCGCGCAUGAACUGCACCGCAUGCAUGAAGGGAUUGCAGCUGCAGAGCGGCGAGUGUCGCACUACGUGUGCCGAUGGCUACUACAGUGACCGUGGAACGUGUGCCAAAUGCUACCUAAGCUGCCACACGUGCAGCGGUCCCCGGCGAAACCAGUGCGUCCAGUGCCCGGCAGGAUGGCAACUGGCCGGUGGUGAAUGCUUCCCGGAAUGUCCGGAAGGAUUCUUCAAGACGAAUUUCGGUUGCCAACGUUGCCAUCAUUACUGCAAGACUUGCAACGGAGCCGGUCCGCUGGCCUGUACGUCCUGUCCGGCGCACAGCAUGCUGCAAAACGGGCUGUGCAUCGAUUGUCUCGCCUCACAGUACUACGAUCCACCGACGCAAACAUGCAAAACGUGCCACGAGUCGUGCCGAACGUGCAGCGGCCCUGGUCAGUUCUCCUGCGUCACCUGUCCCUUCCCACUGCACCUUGAUCGACUCAACCAUCAAUGUGUGCCUUGCUGUGCGGCGGACGCAUCGCCCGACGAUCAAAGCUGCUGCCACUGUGACAAAGCGACCGGUGGCUGCAUCAACGCAUCGCCCGCCGGCAAACGACGCAUCGGUGCCGAGCAACAGUUGUUGCAGUUCGGCGAGGAGGGCAACGGUGGUGCCGCAAAUGUUCCCGGCGAGGGUGCAGAAGUCGGCCAAUCCCACCGGGCCUGGCAGCAGUUCCUAACAAGCACGUCCACGUCGACGCUGAUGGUGGUCGCCGUGUCCGGCUGUCUGCUAAUUGUUACCCUGUUUGUAGUGAUAUUUACCGUUUUACAGAAGCGUAGCCAAACGAUGUACACUGGAAUUAAGUAUAAUAAAUUAGGCAAGAAACCACCGUCGGGCGGUAGCCGAACCACGAGGAUAUCGAUACCGGCCGAUGGCGAUGAUUUACUGGAACCAAUUGUAAAUAAUGGCGACGAGGAGGAGGAGGAGGACGACGACGACGACGACGAUGAGGAGGAGGAGUAUGAUGACGAUGCGUACCGUGGAACCGAAUCGGCCAGCCGAUCGGUCGACGAGGAGGAGGAUGAGGACGCGCAGCAGCUACAACGUGGGGGACGUUUUGACAGCCGGAGGUCAACCGCAGCACUGGCGCCCGCGAGCGCCGCACGAGGGAAAAGGACGCUCCGGUAUGCGACUACCGCACGGACCUAGGUGCGGACACGGGCAUGGAAGAAUUUAGAAGCCGAAUGAACAUAAUUUUACACCUCCCUUGCCACGUUUUCUCUCGCGGUCACGCGUCACCCAUGUCCUCCAGAGCCGUACCGCCCCAUCAUCGUCGAGUGACGAGUCUGACACGAUAUGACGCAAGGCGCGUGUUUGUAUGCGAAUUUGUCCGUUGCUGGUAAAUGAACGUGGCGAGUGUGAUGAACAUUGCAUUUGCAUUGCGAGUGUGUGUGUGCGUGCGUUUGAGUGCAAGUUGAUGAAAAACUUUCCCAUUAAAGAUUUCCGGUGGGAUACACACGUGGAAGGCAGUCGAACAUCAAGCGAAACGGAACCUGAAUCACCUGUGACCACCUGUGAGUGCUGUGUGGCCACGUGGGUGAUGGCCGUCGUGGGUCGAGGCUAUGAUAAACCACGGCCAAACACACACCUCCAGCGGGACACCCAUUCAUGGAUGGGUUCAUUUUGCAUCAUUUUAAUAACUCCGUUCUGUUUCAUGUGGUCAGUCAAUUAUGCUUCUUUGAGUGGAUUUUUAUGUUUACCACAGGAAAACAAUACAUUUAAUUACCGUUAUACAAUUUAAUUUUUAUAACAAAAAUUUAAUCACAAUUCUGUUCCCAUGCUUUCGCCGGUUCCUUGCAUUUCAAGUCAGCAUUGGGAAUGGUACGUGCAUGUGUGUGAGUGUGUGUAUUUUCGUUAAGCUUAUAU